AGCGUAGUGCGGUAGCGAUUUCCCUCCUCUUCGUCUUCUCCAAGAAGCCAACGCAAGUACCGCCCCCUCGAGAGAAAGGAAGAAAGAAGAGAAGAUCCAUCAUCAUCACCGUCGCCAUCACCGUCACCAUCACCAAGCACGAGAUCGUCAACCUUGGGGUGCCUCUCUUCCUUCUCUUUCAAGCCACCUCUCUCUGCGCGUGUAUAAAAAUCUUGUCGAUAGCCAGUUGCCUCCAUUAUAGCUCUCACGCCCUGAACCGCUCGAGGAGCACCCGCCGACUCACGGAAAAGCACUCGUGCCUUCUCCUUCUCCUUCUCCUUCUCCUCCCCUAUAAAGCCAGUCCCCAGAGGGCCAGACCCGCCCGGACGAGCAGCCCCCAGACUUGUCGCUUCGUGCCUCCGCCAUGGCGAAGCCGAGGGUCGCGGUGCGGUCUCGCUUUCGGAGCGUGCUGUCGUGGGUGAUGAUGUGUGCAAUGUGCUUGAUGAGGAGCGACCGCCUCGGCGUUGUCGCGAUUCUUGAUCCCAACGACUUCUUGGCCCUCCAGUCCAUCCGGAAGUCGCUCGACGACAUCCCCGGGUCCAGCUUCUUCGGCUCCUGGGACUUCACCGCCGACCCAUGCAACUUCGCCGGCGUCCUCUGCGACGCCGACCGGGUGAUCGCCCUCAACCUCGGGGACCCCAGGGCCGGCUCCCCGGGCCUGACCGGCCGCAUCGACCCGGCCAUCGGCCGGCUCUCCUCCCUCGCCGAGCUCACCGUCGUCCCGGGCAGGGUUUUCGGGUCCCUGCCGCAGACUCUGUACCAGCUCAAGAGCCUCCGGUUCCUCGCCGUCAGCCGGAACUUCCUCACCGGCGAGAUUCCGGCGAAUCUCGGCCUGCUCCGGAGCCUCCGGACGCUCGACCUCAGCUACAACCAGCUCACCGGGCCCGUCCCCCGCCCCCUCGGGACGCUGCCGGAGCUCUCCAACCUCAUGCUCUGCCACAACAGGCUGUCCGGCUCGGUCCCCCCGUUCGUCUCCGAGUCGCUGACCCGGCUCGACCUCAAGCACAACGACCUCUCCGGCUCGCUCGGGCCGCUCGCCCUCCCGGCCUCGCUGCAGUACCUCUCCCUAUCCUGGAACCUGCUGGGCGGGCCGGUCGACGGGGUCCUGAGCCGGAUGGACCGGCUCAACUACCUCGACCUCAGCAUGAACCGGUUCUCGGGCCCGAUCCCGGGCCGGCUGUUCGCGUUCCCGAUCACGAACCUCCAGCUGCAGCGCAACGGGUUCGAAGGGGAGGUCGAGCCGGCGGGCCAGGUGGCGAUCCCGACCGUGGAUCUCAGCUACAACCGGCUGUCGGGCCAGAUAUCCCCGAUGUUCUCGACGGUGCAGAACCUGUACCUGAACAACAACCGGUUCACGGGGCAGGUGCCCGGCUCGUUCGUGGACCGGCUGCUGGCCGCCAACAUCCAGACGCUGUACCUCCAGCACAACUUCCUGACGGGGAUCGAGAUCAACCCGGCGGCCGACAUCCCGCUGAGCUCGUCGUUGUGCCUGCAGUACAACUGCAUGGUGCCGCCCGUACAGGCGCCUUGCCCCUUGAAGGCCGGGAAGCAGAAGACGAGGCCUACAUCGCAGUGCGCCGAGUGGCGAGGGUAAAAUGGGGAAUCCCCGGGUAAGCUUCUUCGGUUUUUUUUCUUUUUUUUGGUCUUUUUUUUUUUGUCUUUUGGAAGGAGGGCAAAGUUGGAAGAAAAGAUACAUAUAGGAUUUAAGAUUUGGGGGAAAUUCUAAUUAAAUUGGUGGGGGGAUGGUUUUUGAUUCAAUUUAUUAAUUUUUCAGUGAUAGGUGUUUGGGUAAAUAGAGAAUAAAAUAAUUAUAGAUGUUUUGAGGGGUUAACAUUAUUAUGCUGCUUGUUAAUUACUUGCUAGUAAUAUGAAUAUAUGUUUCUAUGAUUAAUUAA